CCACCACAAGUCGAUCACCUCGUGUCCCCCGGAAGUGAAGGCACGAGCGGACAGCCAGCAGCAGCACACGUGAAAACAGAAAAAAGCAAAAUAAGAGAGACCGCCGACACGAGAUGGACGUCUCAGAGGUCCCAGUUAGUCAGGUCGACAGCGGGACGAAAUGGAUGAAAAGGACACCGAAGAAGAAGAAUAGGGGUGGAAAUGGAGAAAAGCGCGGACCGCAGAGGAAGGUGGAGGAAGAGGAGGACGAGAAGAAGAUGGAGAACAGCGAGGGAGUCUUUCCCCCAAACUUCAGUGUGUCUGAAAUCAAGAACAAACAGAGGAGACACCACAUGUUCAUGAAGAUAAAGCAGGAGAAGAGGAAGCUCAAGCUGCAGGUGAAGAAAAAGAAGAAAAAAGAAAGGGAAGCUCUCGGUGACAAGGCACCACCCAAAGAGGUCCCAAAGACCAUCGAGAACCAGCGGGUGUACGACGAGACAACAGUUGACCCAGAGGAUGAAGAGGUUGCCUUUGACGAAGGAACUGAUGAGUUUUCUGCUUAUUUCAACGGGCUCACGAACCCCAAAGUGCUCAUCACAACAUCGGACAGACCCAGAGGGAGGACGGUGAGGUUUUGCGAGCAGCUGGCCACGGUGAUCCCCAACGCCCACGUGUACUACAGACGAGGUUUGGCCCUGAAGAGGGUCAUUCCACAGUGCGUCGCCAGGAACUUCACCUACCUCAUGGUCGUCAACGAGGAUCGCAAAAUGCCAAAUGGUUUGGUUCUCUGUCACCUUCCUGACGGGCCGACUGCACACUUCAAGGUCAGCAGUGUUCGACUUCGGAAGGAGAUAAAGAGACGAGGUAAAGAUCCCACAGAACACUCUCCAGAGGUGAUCCUCAACAACUUCUCCACGCGCCUCGGGCACAGCAUCGGCCGGCUGUUCGCUGCUCUCUUUCCUCAAGACCCCCAGUUUAUAGGACGGCAGGCGGCCACCUUCCACAACCAGAGAGACUUCAUCUUUUUCAGAUUCCACAGGUACAUCUUCAAGAAUGAGAAGAAAGUUGGCAUUCAGGAGCUGGGACCACGCUUCACCCUCAAACUGCGCUCUCUACAGAAAGGCACCUUUGACUCCAAGUAUGGAGAGUAUGAGUGGGUCCUGAAGCGUCAUGAGAUGGAUGCCUGCAGAAGGAAGUUCCAGCUUUGAGCACAUGAGAUGGAUUCAGUUAUUACGAUAUUGCGGCAGUUUGUGGAUUUUACACAAACUGACUUCAUAGUGGAUGCCCCAGAUGCUUUGAGGAAAACCAGCCGUACCUGUGAUUGCGUCACAAGUUUCCCUGAAAAACGAUUUCUCUAAAAGGUGCAUCUGCAAAGACCUUUGGAAAUGAAAUGUAAGACGAGAACGGCGAGGACUUUCACCCGGUCUGCUGUCAGACGCCAGGGAGGACACACGCAGACGCCCCAUCAAUCUGAAACCUCUGACCGGCAUGUUUAUGUGGAAGUUGUGUUGUGUUCAAUUCCUAUGUAACUUUUCUUCACAAGCUGUAUUUAAGUGGCCACAGUAUAACUAACAGGAGUUUCAAGUAAAAUACAAACGUAUUUCUAAAUAUGUGUAUACUUUUAUUAAAACUUUCAACUAUGGAAAUACCAUUGAUUUUUUUUUUUUUUUCUCAAAAUCAAUCAUGAAUGGAAAAACAUGUACAAUUCAAAAGGCACAGUGGGUGAUGAUGUGGGCUAGUUAAUUUAAAGCAAGUAGGUUAAGACAUCUAUUGUGCCCCAUAAGCACCUGGAUUCUGGAUCAGAUUUUACAAAGGCAAGAGUUAAAAAAAAAAAAAUCAUAAGUUAGUCGUUUGUCCCGAAAUUUCCUAUAACUCCUGAGACGAUUCCAGUCCAUGAUGCAGGAUCCUGCAGCUCAGUUCCACAAGGCACCACAAUGUCCAAAACCUGCAGAGGUGGAAUUGCAUUAGUUUUUAAAACUAUAUAGUGUAUGACACACAGACAUGUUAUGUUUGUGGCCUUAUGCAUUGCACUCUAGAGAAAUUAGUUUAAAAAAAAUAAGUUUUUCUCAUGUAUUUCCAUGUACAACAGAUUAGAUGUAAAAUUAUAUCAAGAAUGCUGCAAUAAAUAUCUGAUAAACAAGCAUUAUCUCAA